CCCAGCAACGCAGGCACCUCGGUGGUUACCACGGGUAGAAAAACCUGAAGCCCUCUGAGCAGGUGAAUGAGUUUGUGGGGAAGGGCUGUGAAUGAUGAAGAGAUGGUGAAUGGGGUCUAGCCCUCUAUCCUUUGGCUCUCUGAGGAAUCAGUAGCCCCCCACCGUGAGCCCGUCGCCGACUCAGGAUCCUGCUCUCCAGCCCCUGCCUCAGUUUGGACCUCCCUCUCGACCCCCUGCAAGGACUACCGGGCAUCCUCUACUCGGCCCCUCCACUUGUCCACUUCCUCAUCCGUAAAACGUGGAUGAUACUAGUCAAGUGGAAUCGCAUCAAAGUUAACUACUUUCAAGUCAAACAUAGGUGCUGGGGGUGAGAGUGUAGUUUAUAAGUCCGUUACCAUUUCACCCAACGGCCUAUACAUCCCAGGGCGAGCAUCCAAUGAAAGGUUGCCAGAGACAAUAAAAGCAGGAAGCCCAGAUAGUGUACCAAAGUCUCAAUCUCUCAGGGCGUACAAAGGCGAAGAAGACCGCUCAUAAAAUGGCUUUGGACGUCCUUGCCGUGGCCCCUCUCUACCAAGACCCUGACGUCAACAAAGUAAGGCUGAUAGCACAGACGACCAAAAAGUCCACCACCCCGCCAAAACCCUUGCCUCCUACCAAGACCAAACUCACCACCAUCGAGACCAAGAGGAUCAUGUCCGUCCUGGACGAGACCAUUCACAAGGUGGAGUUGGUGACCCUGCUGUCAUACGUGGCAUCCAGUUCCAAGAAUUCGGAGGGGAUGCUGGGGGAGGACAUCAUGAAAGCAGUGAGAGAGCACGAGGACCUUUGCCAGAUCCUCCUGGACCGCGUCAAUUACCUGCAGGAGGAAGAAAGGCAGUUGCAGGAGGAAGAGGAGUUCGAGGAUGAACCGUGGUUCCGAGACCGUGUCCUCUCCAUAAAGGUGCAGAAAUCCCACCUCCCACCCCUUAUGCAACGGAUCAAAGGAUCCACCAAGAACGUCAUGAGACUGCUGCUCAGUAACCCCCAGGCUGCCAGUCUGUUGCAGGUGCAGACCCUGGGCAGAAGUGCGGAAGCCCAGAGUUUUAUCGAUAGCCUGGUAGAACUCCGAGGUUUCCUGUUUGAGAAGCUGCUCACUAGUCCCAUGGAAGCCAGAGACAAGACUCAGUUCAUCCAGGACAUCACCAGACGGAAUCAGAGGAACCAGGAAAUCAUCGGUACUCUGGAAAAUGAAUUGGCAGCCUGCGUGAGGAACAGGGAUGCAGAGGUGGAGAAGGAGAACUUCGUGAUCCAAGAACUGAAAAACCACCUGCACCAGGUGCUCAGGUUCUCAGAGAACAGCCUCCUUCGCACCAAGCAGGAGGCGGAGAGGCGGCAGAAGGCGGACUUCCGGGCCUCGCAGGCCCGGGUGGCCAAGAUCCAGCAGGAGAUCCUGCUGCUGCGGUCGCAGUUCAACAGCCUGGUCAUGGAGAACCGGCGGGCGGAGCAGGCGCUGAGGAAGAAAAAAUAUAAAGUGGAAACGGAAAUUGAGAACUGGAUCCAGAAAUACGAUUUGGAGAUGAGUGAAAAGCAGGAUGAGUACGAGGAGCUGGAUGUCAUCCACAAAGAGGAGAAGCUCCAGCUGGAGGAGCUGAAGAGACGGCAUGACGUGCUGGUGGAAGAGUUCUCCCAGAUCCAGGCUGAGCAGGAGAGCAACGCCAAGAAGAGGCUGGAAGCCGAGCAGGAGAUGGUGCACAUGGUGCGGGCUGCCACGCUCAUCCAGGCCCUGUGGAAGGGCUACCUGGUCCGCUCCAUGCUCAGGUCCAAGAAGAGGAAGCGGAGCAAGAGCAAAGUGAAGGAGGAGAAGGGCAAGGGCAAGGGCAAGGGCAAGGGCAAGGAGAAGGGCAAGGGCAAGGGCAAGGGCAAGGGUAAGGGUAAGAAAUGAGUCCUUCCCCCAGCCUGCCCAGACCCCUGCCCUCACCAUGAUCUUACCUCUCACUCGAGAGCCGGCCUGGAAGCCCCUGGGAUGUGGAGCCCUGCGAUUCAUGGCUUUAACACUUUUUCAAAAUUAAAAACCCUUUUAAACCACAGCCUACAAAUAAACUUCACUUUA